UUGCACGGCGAUACGGUAUACGUCCAGUUGUCCAUUACCGCGCGUGAGCUGUUCGAUUACAUCGGUAGCGGUGGAGGGGUGACCACGCCGCCCAAGGUCGUCAGCUGUCGGGCCGCGGCGUCGCGCGCCUCCGCCCACCCCAUGCAGCCCGGACCACUCGCCGCUCUAGAGCCGCAGAAAACGCGCGCCCUGACCACCAUCUAUGCUCCGCGUAAAAGUAAAUCAAGGAAAAACAGAACAGCACAAAACAGAAUGUUAGACAGCGAUAUGCCGGUAAAAACCACAGUUUCUCCUUUCCGUCCUCUCUCUGCCAUUGUACAGAAACAGAAAACGUUGGAACCGAAGGCCAAAGUUAUUGUUUUCGAUUUGAACCGUGAUGACAACACAAUUGAAAAACAGGCGCUAAAGUUGCAAGAAGUAUUGAAACCAUUGACUCCUUUAAGUAUUCACGGAUUUCAGAGGAAGAAUUCCCUUCAUUACUUCGAAAGAAGACAUCAUCGACUAUUAAGGGAGAACACUUACGACGUAAUAGAACCAGUUUAUUUAAACACAACGAGGAAAGGAGAAGUGGAGUAUACGUUAAAAUCGAGCGGUGAUUCGAUGGAGCAGCCAAAAUUGUCACCGAAGUCAAGGUUUAAAAGGGCGGCGAUACACGUGGCCAAACUCUCUUCUACGCCAGAGACGGGAAAAUUACUAUGCAUGAGGGAAAAGGAAAGACUCACUUUUUGCUUGGAUGAGGAGAAAUCUUGUAAACUUCAAGAGCUGCCCCAAAGUCCCGCGCAGAAGAUAAAUAAGCUUUCUGAAAUUUUCCAAAGACUAGAGAUGAAAGGCCGACACAGAGACAAAAUGAAAAAGGAAAACAGUUGGUUUUAG